GUCGGCAGCGCGGGGCGGGCGGCGCGGAGCGGAGCCGGCGGCCGCGCCAUGCACUCCCUCGCCCAGGAGAUCCGCAGCUUCUCCAGGGCCAACCUGCGGAAGCAGCGCACCCGCGUGACGACGCUGACCGGCCGCAGGAUCAUCGAGACGUGGCGCGGCGCCUGCCUGCAGGUGGAGGAGGAGGAGGAGGCGGAGGCGGCGCCGGGCGGCGGCUUCGUGCAGGACCUGAGCGCCGACCUGCAGGUCGGGGUGGUGAAGCCCUGGCUGCUGCUGGGGUCGCAGGAUGCUGCUCACGACCUGGAGACGAUGAGAAAGCACAAGGUUACUCACGUUCUAAAUGUGGCAUAUGGAGUCCAAAAUGCCUUCCUCAAUGAUUUUAUAUACAAGACCAUUUCUAUUCUGGACCUCCCAGAAACUGAUAUUACCUCCUACUUCCCUGAAUGUUUUGAGUUUAUUGAGAAAGCCAAGAUCCAGGAUGGCGUGGUGCUGGUCCACUGCAAUGCAGGAGUCUCCCGUGCAGCGGCUGUAGUCAUUGGUUUUCUAAUGAAUUCAGAAAGAAUGAGUUUUGCCAGAGCCUUUUCCUUGGUGAAAAAUGCGAGGCCUGCAGCUUGUCCAAAUCCUGGCUUCAUGGAGCAGCUUCACAAAUACCAAGAACAGAUUGUAAAAGAAAAUGGAAGCAUAAAUGAUCAUGACUGAUCAAAAGGGAGAAGGGAAACAAUCUGUUUUGACUCCACAGGCACAGAUGCUGGAUAUCUUUUAAUCUGUCAUUUUGCAAUCCCCUUUUCACUUGUGCAUUUUUGAGUCAUUACAUAUUUUUUCUUACAUUCCCUUGACCCUAUUUCUUUCAGCAUGUCAUCUAUAGGCCAGAUGCCACUCCACCGACUUCAGAGAAGUUUUGCCCAAGAACCAGCUCUUCUUAGAGUGCUAACAGAAAGAUAAAGUUCAGUUUUCCUUGAAAUAGUAGAAGACAACAGAACGAUGGUGGGUUUUUUUAUGAUACAUCAGAAAAUGUAGGCAAUCGAGAAAGACAAUAAAAUAACUGAGAUAAGUUGCCCUGUUUACUUUCCAAAUGUAUGCAUUCUAUUCGGUUGUAAAAUCUAGAUAAUAAAAUGUUCAUAUAAUGAAGUACCUUGAUAUUGGAUUUUAAAUUUAUAUUGCAAGUAAAGAGGAUUUUAUUGAUUUUUGUGGGCUAGCCAGCCAUUAAAUUUUUUUUGAAAUUAAAACAGAUGGUCUUUUGAGGAUGCUCAAAAUGUGUAGGAUGCUUUCAUGCUUCAUGUCUUUUCUACCAUUUCUCAUCAAGUAGAAAUUUGAAGUGCACUAACAUGAUGUUUCCAAAGUGCUGGAACCAGCAGAGGUUUUUUUUUGUAAAUCAUUUUGGUGGAGAUAUGAAAAAUGUUGAUAACAACCUAUCUGCUCACUGCUAUUGCCUUUUCUUCACAUUCAGUCCACAUUUGCUGUUCCCUCACUCCAUUCUGCACCAUAUGUAAAGAAUGGACAUCAUUGGAUAGGUAACUGUAGCGCUCCUGAGACAUCUCAGGCUGGAAUUACUGUCUUAAGAUGGCACGUUCAAUACACACGCAAAAUCUGUAAAAGAUUUUAAUAGUAUUUUUUGCAGCCUUCAUGCCAGUUCUUAAUGGUUUGAUAUAUUAUUAUGCAGUAAAAUAAAAAGGACACUGUGUUUGGAUAAA